GAGGGGGAGGGCGGCCAGGGGAGCUGUUCAGGGAGGGACUUGGCUAGGUCUCCAACCCUUUUUCACUCUCCAAACUUUCACCAAACUCUUAGCCCCCGCCUCCACGAAACCAAAACACAACAAGCUCUGGAGGCGCAGCGGGGCGGGCAAGCUCGCGGCGGCACCGAACCUCGGGAGGCUGAUGCAACUUUCCCUUUAAGAAAGCCACCUGGGCGCACCGCGGUGCGGACCCAGCACGCCUGGGCCGGGGGCUGCAGCAUGGACUGCAGAGAAAACGCCCCCUUCACUCGGCCCGCGCUGGGACUGCGGCGGUGCGGCUGGAGGACACAGAAGAAUCGCACCUCUGCCCUAGAAGACCUGUCCAGCUAGUGGGGCAGCCAGACUUGGACACAAGCAAACACGCCCGGACAGUACCUGUGACCAGCAUGCUAAUCACUGCGCGGCUGCUGUGCUUUCGGGCUCUUGAGGUCUGUGGUCUGAAAGGUGCUGGAAGCAGAGCCUGUCUGUUCUGGGACUCCAGAGCCCCCACCCUACUGCUGCCAUGGUAGGAAAAGGUGCCAAAGGGAUGUUGGUCUGGCCCGGCUCAGCUGCUCACCCACCCCGUCCCCCCAGCGCUGCCCACCCUGUGCCCCAGGAAGAAGCCUUCAGCUGGAGGAAGGGUCUAGCCACUGCUUGCCCAUGGGCAGCGUGCUCAGCCUGGCGAUGUGAAUGGUGCUGUGCCCAGCGAGGCCACCAAGAGGGACCAGAAACUCACACGGGGCAACUGGGGCAACCAGAUCGAGUUUGUACUGACGAGCGUGGGCUAUGCCGAGCCUUCAUGUUCCCCUACUUUAUCAUGCUGAUAUUCUGCGGGAUCCCACUCUUCUUCAUGGAGCUCUCCUUUGGCCAGUUUGCAAGCCAGGGCUGCCUGGGGGUCUGGAAGAUCAGUCCCAUGUUCAAAGGUGUGGGCUACGGCAUGAUGGUGGUGUCGACGUACAUCGGCAUCUAUUACAAUGUGGUCAUCUCCAUCGCCUUCUACUACUUCUUCUCAUCCAUGACGCCCGUGCUGCCCUGGGCCUACUGCAAUAACCCUUGGAACACACCUGACUGUGCCGGGGUGCUGGACGCCUCCAACCUCACCAAUGUCUCCCGGCCCGAUGCCCUGUCUGGCAACCUCUCCCACCUGCUCAAUCACACCCUGAAGAGGACCAGCCCCAGCGAGGAGUACUGGAGGCUCUAUGUGCUGAAGCUGUCAGACGACAUCGGGAACUUCGGGGAAGUGCGGCUGCCCCUCCUCGGCUGCCUUGGUGUCUCCUGGGUGGUCGUCUUCCUCUGCCUCAUCCGAGGGGUCAAGUCUUCAGGGAAAGUGGUGUACUUCACGGCCACGUUCCCCUAUGUGGUGCUGACCAUCCUGUUCGUCCGCGGAGUGACCCUGGAAGGAGCCUUCACGGGCAUCAUGUACUACCUGACCCCGCAGUGGGACAAGAUCCUGGAGGCCAAGGUGUGGGGGGAUGCUGCCUCCCAGAUCUUCUACUCGCUGGGCUGCGCCUGGGGCGGCCUCAUCACCAUGGCAUCCUACAACAAGUUCCACAACAACUGUUACCGGGACAGUGUCAUCAUCAGCAUUACCAACUGUGCCACCAGCGUCUAUGCUGGCUUCGUCAUCUUCUCCAUCCUCGGCUUCAUGGCGAAACAUCUGGGUGUGGAUGUGUCCCGCGUGGCAGACCACGGCCCUGGCCUGGCCUUUGUGGCUUACCCGGAGGCCCUCACACUGCUGCCCAUUUCCCCGCUGUGGUCCCUGCUCUUCUUCUUCAUGCUCAUCUUGCUGGGGCUGGGCACUCAGUUCUGUCUCCUAGAGACACUGGUCACAGCCAUUGUGGAUGAGGUGGGGAAUGAGUGGAUCCUGCAGAAAAAGACCUAUGUGACCUUGGCCGUGGCUGUGGCUGGCUUCCUGCUGGGUAUCCCCCUGACCAGCCAGGCAGGCAUCUACUGGCUGCUGCUGAUGGACAACUACGCAGCCAGCUUCUCCCUGGUCGUCAUCUCCUGCAUCAUGUGUGUGUCCAUCAUGUACAUCUAUGGGCACAGGAACUACUUCCAGGACAUCCAAAUGAUGCUGGGGUUCCCCCCGCCCCUCUUCUUCCAGAUCUGCUGGCGUUUUGUCUCUCCUGCCAUCAUCUUCUUCAUCCUCAUCUUCACGGUGAUCCAGUACCGGCCAAUCACCUACAACCACUACCAGUACCCAGGCUGGGCCGUGGCCGUCGGCUUCCUCAUGGCCUUGUCUUCGGUCAUCUGCAUCCCGCUCUAUGCCCUGUUCCAGCUCUGCCGCACAGAUGGGGACACCCUCCUGCAGCGUUUGAAAAAUGCCACAAAGCCAAGCAGAGACUGGGGCCCUGCCCUCUUGGAGCACCAGACUGGGCGCUACGCCCCCACCAUAGCCCCUUCCCCUGAAGAUGGCUUUGAAGUCCAGCCACUGCACCCAGACAAGGCCCAGAUCCCCAUGGUGGGCAGUAAUGGCUCCAACCGCCUCCAGGACUCCCGGAUAUGAGCGCAGCUGCCAGGGGAGUGGCCCCCCACCCCAUGCUCCCACCAGAGACUGGGGAGGCAGUGGACAAGGGUGGCUGCCUGCCCUCUGUCACACCCCAGCCAGGAUGGCUGCUGUCACCCUGGCCACCACUGCUAGUGCAGUCAUUUGUGCUCGUGUCCCCAGUGUUUACAUGUCCUGUGGAUGCCAAGAUGGCAGCUGGGCGGUGAGGCAGUGGAAGGUUACUGGGGGGCCAAAGCACUUUGGAGGGGUCUUGGGCUGGGGCCUGAGAGGUCAUCAGGCUUCCCUUGGCCUCUGAUACCCUCGCACUCUGCCCUGAAUUGAGGUUCUGGGUUGGGCCCCACCUGUUCUCUCCAUGGGCCUCCAGCCUCGUGACCAGUGUUCCUGACCCCAGAACAGACCCCAGCCUCUGCCCAGGAAAAUCUGGAUCUUCCUCCCUGAGCCCGGGUGAGGGGCUGGGGAUGAGGCCAGUGUUACUCGUCAGGCUGUCCCACCAAGCCCUGUUUAUCUGUGUGAUUAUUUUUGUAAAAAUUGUACUAUCUGUGGUUGCCCGCCUGCCCCAUCCUCGGGUCCAGUCUGUCUUCCAGGCCUGCCUGCACCUCACUUGGCUGCUCCAAGGUCUCUGCCCCUCAUUCCAACCCUGGCUGUCAGGCCCAGCCAGCGGAAGCUGUGGCUCAGCAGCCUGCCCAAAGCACCUGUUUCUGGAUGGCAGGGGUGGAGGCUGCUCAGCAAGGUGUCUGAGCCCAUAGCCCUUGGGAAAGGGACCCUGCACGACCCCCCUUUCCCUCCCUGCACCAGGUUAAAGGCCCUGUGUUCCCAGACGUGCUGCCCCGGUUCACGUGCCAAACGGCCCUGGGCCUUGUGACCCAGUCCCUCUCCAGGGCCAGAGCUCCAUCUCCCAAGCCCUGUAGUGUCUGUUUGUCCGUCCUCUGUGCUCUGUGCAGUGACAGCACCGGCCAAGCUGCCUCUAAUCCUCUGUAGCAAUAACGGUGCACCACCCGCCCUGCCCAUCCAUGCACCACUAGGAUUUUAAAGUCCAUAGAUUUUAAUGAAAUUUCUAUUCCUGUCUGA